UAAUUACCUCAGCUCACAUUAUUAGUACAGUACUGAAAAAAACCAUAUUAAUUGCUGGAGCAUGGAUAAUUCACAAAACGCAAGUUACCAAGCCGGCCAGGCCAAGGGCCAAAUGCAGGAAAAGGGAAGCCAAAUGAUGGAUAAGGCAAGCAAUGCAGCUCAAUCUGCUAAGGAAUCCAUGCAGGAGGCAGGGCAGCAGGCGAAGGCCAAGGUACAAGGAGCAGCCGAUGCUGUUAAAAAUGUGACGGGGAUGAACAAAUGAAAAGGGUGCAGUAGCUUCUGCACCUCUGCCUUCAUGCACGAUUUUACCUCUUGAGCAUGUCUCUGCCUGAUUUCUAAAAUGACAAAAUAAUAUAUUUCAGACUUUCCACUUUGUUUGUCAAGAGUAUU